AUGGAAGAAGCCCCAGGCAGGAGCCAGCCGGCCAAGCUCAGGAAGGGGCGUCCUUGCAGCAGUGUGUUGCUGCAGAGCGGCCCAGCGGCAGGGACCCUCAUCUCCGCGGUGGCAGACCUGAGCCCGCAGCCCUGCAGGAGGCUGUCUGGUGUAGGAGUGGGGAGACCCAGGCCCUCCCCGCAAGGACAGAGGGCUCGCCCACAUUCCCGGCGCCGCCACCGCACCACCUUCAGCCCAGCCCAGCUGGCAGAGCUGGAGUCAGCCUUCGGGAGGAACCAGUACCCUGACAUCUGGGCCCGAGAGAGUCUCGCCCAGGACACAGGCCUCAGUGAGGCCAGAAUCCAGGUCUGGUUCCAGAACCGCAGAGCUAAGCAGCGGAAGCAAGAGCGCUCACUGCUGCAGCCACUGGCCCACCUGUCUCCUGCCACCUUUUCAGGCUUCCUGCCUGAGUCCUCUGCGUAUCCCUACCCCUACACCACACCACCUCCACCCGUGACCUGCUUUCCUCACCCCUACAACCACACCCUUCCCCCCCAGGCCCCCCCAGGGGGCUCCUUUGCUCUUCCACCCCAGUCUGAGGACUGGUGUUCCACUUUGCAUCCCACCCCUGCAGGCCAUCUGCCCUGCCCCCCACCCCCACCCGUGCUCCCUCUCAGCCUUGACACACCCAAGCCCUGGAACUAA